AUGGUCCACCAGCAGAACCUCUACUACCUACAGGACGCGACCCAGUGGCAGGAAUUCGUUCCCAUCACCCGCAACGCUGACUCCCUGGGGGUCUACAAUGGAAUCCCCGAUCUCGCUUACGAAGGCGAGUCAAACGUGAUCCUCCUUCGAUAUCAGCUGAUCAAAUUGCAAAAACAUUCGUUUUUUUUUUCAGAGGAUCUUUUCCAGCAAGAUCACACCAUCUGGAUGACAGAAGAUGGGAAGAGGCUCGUUUAUCUCUCCAUCGACGAUCGGGAGCUCCCCCUGAUCCAGAUCCCCAAAUUGGGAUCCAUGGAGGUGCCGACAGAGGAAAGUAUAAAAAAAAUUCGAUACCCAAAGGCAAGCCUGGGUCACUGGGAUCACGUGGUCCGGAUCAAGCCGCCUCUACGUCGCUUGGAGCAACAGGAGUUUCACCCAAUCUUAUCUCACGUCCUGCGACCACCCUCUGUGGCUCUGCCAAACCGAAGCAUCAGACGACACCUGAUGCGAGUCAACGUCGACACCCUCAAGAUCGAGUGUCUCACGUGCAACAUCCGACGGGACCCGGGCGAGGGGAACGCGACGGUGGAGUCGACCUGCGAGAGCACCCGGUCGUACCUCAACCCCUCGUCGACCCGGGUGGUCGUGGAGUGCCGGGGGCCGUCGAUCCCGUUCGUGAGGCUGUACGACGUCCCGUGGCCCGGGGAGCUGGAGGAGGUGAGGACCCUCGAGGACCACGGCGUCCUCAAGAACCUGACCGAGGGCAUGGUCUGGCCCGAGAGGGAAUUCCUGAGCGUUCGGCUCCACUCCAACAACUUCGCCCGGGUCUCGCUCUUCUUCCCUCCCAUUCAUCCGCUGAAUCGGGACGAGGAUCGUCGGUUCUCCCUCGUCAUUCGCAUGUGGGUACUGGAGAGGCACCCGGAGGUGAAUAGGUCGCAGGUGGGGGUCUGGGGCUGGGGCAUCCCAGGAUACACGGCCCUCUCCACCCUCACUCCCACAUCCUUUCCCUCCUCGGACGUGAAGUGUGCCUUCGCCGUCGCUCCUCCAUCCGACUGGAAGCACUUCAGU